UAGGGCGCAGUUAUUUCUAACAGCAGUGCACCACAUCCGGCAGAUUUACCAGUAGUAUUGCCCAUUCUAUAUAAUGAUGUGUCCCGUGUUUCCCGUCGGACAGAUAAGUGGACGGAAACCAAACAGCCACGUAGUAAAAGGCGAAGCUCGCGAAAGGUGCGGUCUGUGUUCAGAAGUGUCCCUGGAUACUGGCGUGCUCGCAGCUGGCCUGCCUCCCAACAAGAUGGUUUUGUGAGAAGUUCUUUCCAAAGAGGCAACAGCAGUUUUGUGACAGUUCAGUUUCUUAAUGGAAACGGAUACUGACCAAUCAGCUCAAAUGGAGGAUAAUGCUUAUAAAGAAGAGCUUGUUAUAAAACCUAAAGUGGAAGGUGAAACACAAUUGAAACCAGGGCUGGACAACGCACACGAUUCAAAAGGGGAUGUUCAUAAUGGUCCUGUCAGUUCAGAUGCAAUGCCAAAUGGAAACGGACUGGCAGAGGACUUUAGUGCUGCGGGGGACACUCAUAUCAAUGGGUCCCUGCCUCCGACAUCCCCCCCCCAGAGCACCAGCUCCCCUGUCAACUCACAGACCCAAGAGCCCUCCCCAGGUUUGGCUUCUUUUCCACCCAUGAUGCUAGAGAAGUCUGAGGGGGAUAGUGCUGAGUUCACGGUUCACAAGGGUGAUUCAUUGCAGUCGCUCAGACUCAGUAUGCCUUUGCAGGAGACUGAAUUGUCCAACCAGAAGCCAUCGUUGGAGAUGGAGAAUGAGGAGAAGAUUCGCCUGGAUGCUCGCCGGCGUCUGGAGGAACAACUCAAACAGUACAGAGUGCAGAGGCAUAAGGAGAGGUCUCACCGCACCACCCCCAAGAACAGGCCAUUCAGCACCCUGGAUCCAGAGCUCAUGCUGCACCCUGAUGAUCUGCCCAGGGCCAACACUUCUUCCAUGACCAAGGAGUAUUCCUUCAUGAGGACCAGUGUUCCCCGCGGUCCCAAACUGGGUAGCUUGGGAAUUCCCCCUUCCAAGGAGAGAAAGUCCAGAUCACCCCACCCAACCAAGAUCCACUCCUUGGCUGACUACAAGUCUCCUGAGAAUGAUGGUGCAGGUGCAGGUGGAGGUGGAGGUGCAGGUGGAGGUGGAGGUAGAACAAGAACAGCAGACAACACCAUGAGCUCCCUCCAGUCCACCAUUAGCUCAGUGUCCACUUUGUCUGAGGUCAGUGUGAUGUCGGAGGGCAGCACCUGUGAGACAGAGACACGGCCGGGUGCUUCGCGCCACGUUGGGGACAAUGUCUCAGAAAUUGACGGCAGUGAAUCCGGAACAAGGCCAGGGAACGACGGCAACGACAGUGACAGCUCGUCUUACAGCAGUGUGUCUACGAGGGGGACAUACAGGACGCUCUCCGCAUCAGUGGAAAGGCAGCAGGUGCCCUACACGGUGGAGGGGAGGGAGAUUGCCCCUGAGGCCAUGGGUCAGUUCCCCUCCCUGCAGGAGGUGCUGCAGGCGGCCAGUGAAGAGCAGCACCUGCUGGAGCUGGAGCGGGAGCGAGAAGGGACAGCGGAGCCUCGCAGCCGCCGGGACAGUUUCUCCAGCAGUGUUUCUUUGGAGAGUUCAGUGAUGGGCCAUGACGAUAUGCUGCAGGUGUUGAAAGAGAAAAUGAGACUGGAGGGUCAGCUGGAGUCUCUGUCCUCUGAGGCCAAUCAGGCUCUCAAGGAGAAGACGGAGCUUCAGGCCCAGCUUGCUACAGUGAAUGCUCAGCUGCAGGCGAAGAAGGAGGAGGCGCAGGUCAGCCAGCAGAAACAGAGUGUCCUCACUACAGAGGUUCGCACACUGCGGCAAAACUCCAGCCAGCUAGAGAAGGCCAUGGUGGAGCUCCAGGGCAGUCUGGAGGGCAAGAAUGCUAGUCUGACUUCUCUAACCAAUGACCUGAAGGUGGCUGAAGACCAAUAUAACAGGCUGAUGGGGAAGGUGGAGGAGAUGCAAAACACUGUGACCUCAAGAGACAAUACAGUCCAGGAGUUGCGUCAGCAGAUGAGUGGUCUUCAGAGCCAGCUUCAACAGGUCCAGCUGGAGCGCAGCACCCUGCAGAGCCGAAUGAAGACCUCGCAGGCUGAAAUUGACUCACUGCAGCAGCUCAGACAGUGGUACCAGCAGCAGCUAUCAAUGGCCCAGGAGGCAAGAGUCCGACUGCAAAGCCAAAUGGCCAGCAUGCAGGCCGGACAGAUGACUCAGUUUGGUGUUCUGGAACAUCUGAAGCUAGAUAAUGUGACUCUGUCCCACCAACUCACUGAGACCCAACACCGCUCUAUCAAAGACAAAGAGCGCAUCGCUGUUCAGCUGCAGAGCAUCGAGGCCGACAUGCUGACCCAGGAAGCUUCCUAUAAGCAGAUCCAGGAUGCAAAGAACAUGGUGGAAGAUGAUCUGCAGCACAAACUGGAGGAGUUUGAGGAUGAGCGAGAACACUUAAUUAAACUGGCCAACACAGCCAGCACCCUGGAAAGGGAACUGGAGCAGGCGAAGUUGAUCCUUUCUCAGAAGGAUGUGCAGCUGCAGUCACUACAGAAAGAGCAUCUGGAGCUGAUGCGCCAGCUGACCACCACUCAGGAGAACCUGCAAACCAAAGAGCUGUCCAUCAACCAGCUAGAAGCCCGCUUCCUGGAACUGGAGGCCCAGCUGGCCGAGCUGCAGACGGAGGGCGGCGCCAAGGACGACAACAUCCAGUUCCUCCAGAACGAGAAGAUUGUCCUGGAGGUGGCGCUGCAGGCAGCCCGGGCCGAAAAGAGCCAACUCGACGAGGGUGCCGAGCGGCUCGGAGAAGAUGUUCUGCUGGCUUCAGAUAUCUUGGAUCAGCUCAGACAGGAAGUCCAGGUCAAAGCCAAUCAGAUUGAAACUCUGCAACAAGAAAAUAGUUCCCUGAAGAAGCAAGCUCAGAAACUGAAGGAGCAGUUCCAACAACAGAAGGUGAUGGUGGAAGCCUACCGUCGGGACGCCAGCUCCAAAGAUCAGUUGAUCAGUGAGCUCAAGUCUACCAAAAAGCGUCUGUUGUCGGAGAUGAAGGACCUGAAGCAGGAGCUGCUGGGCGUUCAGGGGGAGAAGCAGAAGGCUGAGCUGGAGCAGGCCCGGCUGCAGAAGGAGGUGCUGAGAGUCCAGGAGCAGAUGAACAGCAUGGAGGCCCAUCUGCAAGACAUUCAGCAGGAAAGGGAUCAGCUAGAAACCCAGAUCCAGUCUGUGCAGUUUGAUCAGAGUCAUCUCGCAGCAGUGACGGAAGAGAACGAAGGCCUGCGGAAACAGGUGGAGCAACUGGAGGGAGAAGCCAAAAAGGCCAUCUCGGAGCAGAAGGUGCGCGUGAAGCGGCUGGGGACGGAUUUGACCAGUGCUCAGAAGGAGAUGAAGGCCAAACACAAGGCCUAUGAGAACGCGGUGGGCAUCCUGAGCAGGAGGCUCCAAGAGGCUCUGACUGACAAGGAGACCGCCGAGGCAGAGCUGCUCAAACUCAAGGCCCAGGUGUCUGAUGGGGGAAACAGCCAGGCCUUAAAGGGGAAGAUUAGGGCUCUGCAGGAUGAGCUGAGGGCUGUGGCCAACAGCAAGAGUAUGCUGGAGAAGGAGCUGCAGGAAGUGAUCACCCUCACCUCCACAGAGCUGGAGGAGUACCAGGAGAAGGUCAUGGAGCUGGAGGAUGAGCUUCAAGAGUCCCGGUGCUUCAAGAAGCGGAUUCGGAAGUUAGAAGAUGCCAACAAGAAGCUCACACUCGAGCUGGAACAUGAAAAAGGGAAAUUGGCAGGAUUGGCACAGUCCCACAAUACACUGCGAGAGCAUUCCAACAUUUUGGAGUCUGCCUUAGCUAAGAGAGAGGCAGAUCUUGUCCAGCUCAACCUGCAGGUUCAAGCUGUUCUGAAGCGCAAAGAGGAGGAGGACCAGCAAAUGAAGCAGGUGGUUCAAACUCUACAGCUCGCCUUGGAUAAAGAGAAGACCAAAGUCAAGGACCUGAGAGAACAGGUGGCAGCAGCAAAGGCUGAAGCAGCUCACAACAGACGGCACUACAGGGCAGCCAUGCUGGAGCUGGCGGAGAUCAAGAAGGACCUCCAGGCCAAAGAGGACCUGGUCAAAGCUCUGCAGAGUGAAUCCCAUAAACUACAGGCUCAGGAUGAGCAGCAUGCUCAGGAGGUGUCCAGGUUCCAAGAGGAGCUGGCAGAGGCCCAUUCACAGCUCCAGAUCCUCCAGAAACAACUGGACGAGGAACUGUCCAAGCAGCCCCUCACGAACCAAGAGGUUGAGGACCUGAAGUGGGAGGUGGAGCAGAGGCAGAGGGAGAUUGAGGCUCAGAAGCAGCAGCUGGAGAUGAUGGAGCAGUGUCAGCACAGGGAGCUGGACAACCUACAGAGAGCUCUGCAGACCAUAAAGGUGGAGCUGGAGUCGGUGCAGGAUGAGCUGAGCGGCACCAGGAAGGACAAGUUUAUGCUGCAGGCCAAAGUGGUGGAGCUGAGGAACAGCAUGAAGACGGUCCUUCUGCAGAACCAGCAACUCAAACAGGACCUCAAACAGAAUCGUCUCAGGAAGCAGCGCAUGGAGCUGAAGAGUGAAGGGAACCCAUCCAACCCGGUGACACCAGUGAAGAUUCCAGACUGCCCCGUGCCGGCCUCCCUGUUGGAUGAGUUGUUGAAACCAUCGACUUCUGUUAACAAAGAGCCCCUCAACAACCUACACAACUGUCUACGGCAUCUAAAGGAGGAGAUGGACAUUCUCCAAAAGCAGAUGGAAGAACACACAGUAACAGUACAUGAGUCAAUGAGCUCAUGGACAAACACAGAGGAGGGACUGGCUCAACUGGAGCUUGAAAACAACCUCUCCAAAUCAUCAAUGCCGCUAAACAACAUGGUGGUGGAAAAUAACAAUGAAGCAGAACAGCAGCAGUCAUAACAGAAGAAGUUUUCUCAGGCCAUUAGAGGGAGAGUGGAGUUUUAUCCACAAAGGCACUUUUUAAGCCCCUUAUUCCCUUUUUCUCUUUUCUUAACGAUUGCUGCCAACAUUUGGCAUUCUCCCAUCAGCACAGAAGUGCUUUUGCAAAGUAACACUUUAUAUACCACAGCUUUAUUCUUUCCUCUUUAUUUGACAGCUGUUUAUGUUUUUGUUAUGCUUAUUGUCACAUUUAUUUAUUUAGAGUUAAGGGAUUACAGUUUCUCUGACAGCCUCUCCAAGAGGAUCCCUCAUGUUAAGUUUUGUUCUCAUAGAUACCAAUAUGGUCUCGUAUGGACUGUUUAAGUAAUCUGUUGGACCAGUUCCCCCCCCCCCCCCCCCCCCCGUUGAGUUGGCAGUUUUCUUCACUAAAAGGUAUUUGUCAUCAUCGUCCUCGUAAUAAUAAAUCGGUGGCUUUGAACGCUGCUUAAAGAUGGCUGACUUUAUUUUUAAAAAGUGUUUUUGUUGACCGAAACAAACCAUUGGUGUGUCACCAGACUGGCUGUGAACUGUUCUUACAUUUCUUUGUGCCUGUGUACGAGUGAAGUUGCUCAUCUGUCACUUCACUGACGUGGUUAAACAUCCACGUGGUUUCUAAGCCGUUGAUGGUGAAACAUCAUUACUCCUUUUCAUCAAGUUUAAAGUCAGUCAUGUGGUCAGUUUUAUUGUAUUGGCUCUUGUUCUAAUGCAGUGUUUCUUACAUUUGUUGUGACCAUAUCACCAUGGGUUCUUAAACUCUAAAAACAUUAAUCUCAGUUAUAUAUCGGGGUGUUUUGUCUCGCAUGGACUGCAGUAUUUCCUACGCAAAAAAAGCCUUAAGCGAUCUUUAAUAUGCUGUUAAGGACUAAGUUGGUUUGACCGAGCGUAUUUCUGCUGAGGGCGUGUGCAAGAUGUGUUCUGUUAUAGUGUAUAUGUGCAAAUCCUUACUGAAGAAUGGUUUAUUGUAGAUGAUCCAAACUUAACUGACGGGGAGAGAAAGUUGUACGAUGAAGCAGAAAUGUUACUACUUCUAACCGCUGGUUCAAUCAGAUGUGUUCACGUUCUGUUACAUUUGGUACAUAAUGUAUUUACAACAACAACAAAAAAGACUACCCCCUUAAAUCAGAUGUUAUACUUGUUUUAUGGCUGUUUCAUGGGUAUGGGGAUAAAUUAAUUGUUUCCAGAGGUUAAUAUAUACAUUUUUUGUAUGACUGUAAAGUCAUUAUUGUUUAAUAGUGUAACUAAGAUUAAAUAUCAAAUGCAAACCAUAACUCAAAGCCGAUAGUAAUUCUGUUACAGCUGCACUAAAAUGUCAGUGUAGAGGUGAUAAGGGGCCAUUGGAUGGUACAGUAGCUUUCUGCAUGCAUCUGUGCUGCAGCUGCUGUGCUGAAGUGCAUUAUUCCCACACUUAAAAAUAACUUUUUUUAAACACCAUUGUAUGCUUAUGAAUUUCUAAAGGGACAAUAAUUAUUUUGAGGAGAAUGCAUACUGAGGCAACUAUUAUAUAUUGAUAUACUGUGUUCUGAAAAAAAUCAUUUGGACUGCAUCUUCCAAACUACCUUUCACUGUAACGUUGGGUAGUAUGUAAUAACACCUGUGCUCAUGCUGCUGUAUCUGCUUUUUCUUUUUCUUUAGAGAUUGGAAUUGAUUCAUUCCUUUUUAACAUCUGUGUUGGGAGAUGUGAUUGUAUUUAUCAUAAAAUUGCACUAUUCAUCUGUCA